CGCGCUUGCUUCUUUGCGCAGUGCGUGUUGGGAGUUGUAGUUUCCAAACAUACCUCUCAAAGCUGUCCUCUUAUGCCCUGCCUCGGCUUGGCAUUUGGCUACUACUCGACAUGGUGGUAAACUGACUUCGUGAAUUUAAAGACUUGAGAGUGGCGAUAGCUAGCUAUUUAGCCAGUGCCUAAAUAGCUAGCUAUCUAGCUAGCCGUAUUCGUUUGAAUAAGAUGGAGGGAUUCUGCAGACUACGGUGGACCUCUCCCAUCGUCCCCAUCCUGCUGCUGCUGCUGCUGGGUGACCAGGCGCGGAGUGACCCCGAGCUGGACCCGUACAAGAUCCUGGGUGUGAGCAGGAGUGCCAGCCAGACCGACAUCAAGAAGGUUUACAAACGUCUGGUCAGAGAGUGGCAUCCAGAUAAGAACAAGGACCCUGGAGCAGAGGACAUGUUCAUCAAGAUCACUAAGUCUUAUGAGAUCCUGUCCAAUGAGGAGCGCAGGUCCAACUACGACCGCUACGGCCAUAUGGACGCCAGCCAGCCAAUGGGCCAGCAGCCUCAGGGCUUCAGACAUUUCCACGACAGUUUCUACUUCGACGAGUCCUUCUUCCACUUUCCCCGGUCGGGACGCGACUUCUCCGACAGCAAAUACCUGCUGAGCCACGCCCAGUACAACAGCGAGGUGCUGGCCGACAGCUACAAGAGGCCUUACCUCAUCAAGGUCACCUCCGAGUGGUGUUUUGCCUGUGUUCACAUCGAGCCGGUGUGGAAGGAGACGGUUAAUGAGCUGGAAGCGCUGGGCAUAGGCAUCGGCAUCGUGGACCUGGGGUACGAGCGGCGCCUGGCCAGCCAGCUGGGGGCCCACCGGGCGCCCUCCGUCCUGGGCCUGCUCAACGGCCGUGUCACCUUCUUCCACCAGGCCGUGGUCCGCGAGAACCUCCGCCAGUUCAUCCACGACCUGCUGCCCCCGAGGCAGGUGGAGAAGAUCACAGAUGAGAACUCUGAGGCGUUCCUGGGCGGCUGGCGCGUGGAGAACAAGCCCAGCGUGCUGCUGUUUGACCAAGUUCCUGCUGUCUCCCUCAUGUACAAGCUCACAGCGUUUGCCUUCAGGGACUACGUGCGUUUUGGCUACGUAGACCAGGGUCUGACCCAGACGUCCCGCCUGCUGCGCCAGUUCAACGUCAACACCUACGCCCCCACCAUGCUGCUGUUCAAGGAGAAUACAGAGAAACCUUCUGACAUCAUCCAGGCCAGAGGGAUGAAGAGGCAGAUCAUGGAUGAGUUUGUCUCCAACAACAAGUUUCUGCAGGUGCCCCGGCUGCUCAACCAGAAGCUGUUUGAUGAACUCUGUCCCAUCAAGCAGUUCCACAGGCGCAGGAAGUUCUGUGUGCUGCUGAUCACCAGGGAGGAGCCGGCGUUCGUGCCGGGGAAUGAGGCCUUCCUGGAGUUUGCGGCGGCCAACUCUAAAGAAGUGCUCCGCUUUGCCUACGUGCACCAGCGCCAGCAGCAGGCGCUUUGCCAGGUGCUGCUCAACAACCAGGCCUCUCAGGCACCUCAGGUGGUAAUGCUUGAGAGGCGGAGCCAGACAGGCAGGGUGAUGUAUCGCUCUGUGAUUGGCGGUUGGAACGGCAGCGAGGAGGAUAAGCUCCGCCUCCAGGAUCAGCUGGAGCUCCUGCAGAGAGACCCCGCCUACCUGAGCUAUGACACCACGCUACCCCAGCUCAACAACGAGCUAGCCCCGAUGUUCCUCAUCCAGUGGAUGUACACAGCUUCAGAUUACUUCCUUCAGAUCUAUGAUGACCUGCUGUACUCCAAUUGGAGAGAGAUGAUGCCUAUCCUGUCCCUGAUCUUCUCUGCUCUGUUCAUCCUGUUUGGAACUGUCAUCAUCCAAGCGUUCAGUGACUCUGGUGAGGACAAGCCCCAGAAACCCAUGGCCAAGGAGCCCCCCAAGACUGAGGGUUCCUCGGAAGCUCCCCCCAGACACCACACCUCCAGUUUUUCCAGUCGUCCCCCAAAGAAGGACUUUGUGGAGGUGACGGAGCUGACUGACAUUACCUACAGCAGCAACCUGGUGAAGCUGCGGCCGGGACACAUCAACGUGGUGCUGGUGCUCUCCAAUGCCUCCAAGAACGCCCUGCUCAAGAAGUACGCCAAGGAGGUGUUCUCCUUCUCUGGGACUCCCACGCUGCACUUUUCCUUCAUGAAUGCCGACAAGCACCCCUCCUGGCUGCCCUCGCUGCUGAGCCGCUCCCCGGACGGGGCGCGGGGCCUCGGCCCCGAGGACGAGGAGGACGAGGACGAGGGGAGCGACGCCACACCCAGACGGCCCAGAGACUACACCGGCCACGUGCUCGCCCUCAACGGCCACAAGAAGUACUUCUGCCUGUUCCGGCCCGUGUUCACCGGGGAGGCGGAUGAGGGCGUGGCCUACACCGGGGGAUCUUCCCGCAGAGAGUCCCGCUCACGCUCGCGGUCACUGUCCCGGUCAAGGGAGGAGGGGGGAAGGGCGGGAAGGGCCACCAGCCUGGAGGUGCAGCACAAGCUGGACCGGCUGGGUCUGUGGAUGGAGAGGCUGGUGGAGGGAACUCUGCCCAGGUGGCAUGUGCCGGCCUGGCCCAGCCUGGAGGACCUUCCUGCCACCUGAGACCCUAACCCCACUCACCACCUCCACCUGAUACCCCACCCAUCACCUCCACCUGAGACCCCAACACCAACCCCUUACCACCUCCUCAUGAGACCCCACCCAUAACCUCCACCUGAGACCCUGACCUCACCUCCACCAGAUACCCACCAGUAGUGAGCGGCUCUGUCCAACUUCCUGUCCUGCUGUUCUGCAUGGGCCUCACAGGUCUGAAGGUGACAUGUUAGAGUCCUACCUGUGUGCCAACCUCUACACAUCAGGCUUCUCUCUUCCAACCUAUCUGUAGAUAAAGGGCAGGGGACAAGGCUAGUAAACGUCUUUAGUCUGUUGAGAUGUGGCCUCUUGGAGCUGCAGGCUUCAUUACAACCUGGUGACCAGCCACCUUCCAUUGUGUGCUGAAUUUCAGGAAAGGUGACUUUCCAACUUAACUGAUUUGAAUCUAGCCCUUACAAUGCCUUCAUGUUAGCAAAGGGAGACGGAUCUUAGUAAUGGUACAGUGAGGGAGAUCUCUGACAACAGCAUAGGCAACCGUUUAAUAUAUAACAUAGGGUGCAGGCAGAUGGUGUCCUAUCACUACACACUGACUGAUGCUGAUUAGUGUCUCUGGGCUUGACUGCUACUGAUGCACUGAUGCUGGUUUGUGUCUCUGGGCUUGACUGCUACUGAUGCUGGUUUGUGUCUCUGGGCUUGACUGCUACUUAUGCACUGAUGCUUGUUAGUGUAUUUGGGCUUGACUGCUACUGAUGCUGUUUAGUGUCUCUGGGCUUGACUGCUACGGAUGCUGGUUAGUGUCUCUGGGCUUGACUGCUACUGAUGCACUGAUGCUGGUUAGUGUCUCUGGGCUUCAGGGAUGUGAACCCGCUGCACUGUUAUGCACUGACUCUGUCUGGAGCUGUUCAGAGUUUGAAGGUCUCUAUUCAAUCAAUGUAGGUUGCCAGGUUGCUCGCCAAAAAAUCCUCCCAAUUCUCUGAUGACUAUUUUCUGAGUGAAGGGAUUGAUUUGGGAGAAUUGUGAACAUAAUUGUAAAUUGUAAAAGUUCAACAAGAGUAUUUAAAAUAAUAAAACCUGGCAACUUGACUGUGAUUGAACUGAGACAAGUUCUGUUCAGACCUAGGCUAGCUAUCACGCUGGAUCUCAACAGCGUUUGAAUUCUGUUUUUAUGUCUUCAGAAUGUUUUCUGUUAUCAUUUCUUAGACUACAGUAGUUCAGAUUCUUCCAUCUCCCAAUAUCUUUGAGUUUUUUCAGCCAGUGCUCCUAACCACUACGUAUCUUAACGCAUGGAAGAUUAGCAGAACUAUACGGUACACUAUUUGUUAUACUAGCCAACGCUGUUAAAUAGGUAAAAAUGCCUCUUUUAUCCACUGUCUUUACUGAAUGAUUUGCUGCUUACUAAAUGCAUACACACUAAUUUGACUUAAGUUGCGUGUCGUUGGAAUGUCUUUUUCAUGAUCAUGUUAAUGGACGGUUACUGGACCUUCAACAUCUUUGAAAACAAAACGGUCAGGUUUGAGAUGUUGUGUUUGAAGGGGAAAUUAUCGGUAGCUAGUCAAUUUUUGAAAACGUCUGCGUAAGGUUUAUUUAUGAAGUUGUCGAUAAUAUAGAAUACUGUGCUGUAAGAUAUUUAUUUCUUGUUUUUUAUGUGCUUCUUAACACCAAUAAAAUUAAGUUGAUUUAAA